CCAUGAGCAAUCUAGCAACUUUGGUCUCCAUCCCUACUACUAGUAGUGACUAGUGGGAGAGCUGUGUGGUGAUCACCAGCGACUAACUCUAGCCUACCAGCGAUCUCCAUCGAUGGAGACGAUGGUGGCUGGGGCUGGCCCUGAUCAGCAGGCGGCGUGGCCGUGGGGAUGGUGGCUGGCCAUCGCCCUGCUCCCGCCGCUUCUCGCGCUCGCCAUCUGCCACGGCAACGACGCCUUCCACCGCGCCGCGUUCGCGCUCAAGCGCUGGCUCCACGGCCGGCCGCGCGCGAGGCUCCCGCCGGGCCACAUGGGCCUGCCCUUCGUCGGCGAGAACCCCGCCCUCAAGCGCUACUUCAGGCGAGCGCGCCGCCCCGACGGCUACGUCCACGACAAGAAGCGCAGGUACGGCGACGCCACGGGGGGGCUGUACCGGACGCACCUGUUUGGCUCCCCCGCGGUCCUCGUCUGCUCGCCCGCGGUCAACAAGUUCGUGCUGCAGUCCCCCGAUAGCUUCGGCGUGUGCUGGCCCGCGCCGGAUCUCGUCGGCGCUUCGUCCAUCCUCAACGUCGACGGCGCCCGCCACGCCAGGCUCCGUGCCUGCGUCGUCGAGGCGGUGAACCGGCCCAGCUCGCUGCGGAGCAUCGCGUGCGCUAUCCAGCCGCGCGUGGCCGCGGCGCUGCGAACGUGGGCGCGCAAGAGCACCGUCACCGCCGCCGUCGAGACCAAGAAAGUGACGUUCGAGAACAUCUGCAAGAUGUUCGUGAGCAUGGAGCCGUCGCCGCUGACAGAGGAGAUGGAUGCGUGGUUCGCCGGCUUGCUGGGCGGCCUCAGGGCGUUCCCGCUCGACCUGCCAGGGACUGCAUUCCGUCGAGCUCUCAGGUGCCGCCGCAAGUUGAGCGCGGUGUUCAGGGAUGAGCUGCGGAGGAGGAAGGACGCGGCAGACGGUGGCGAUGACCUGAUGAGCGCGCUGAUGAGGACGGAGGACGAGGGAGGGAGGCUGCUCAGUGACGAGGAGGUGGUGGACAACAUCGUAUCGUUGGUGCUAGCGGGCUACCAGUCCACUGCUGCUGCUCUCAUGUGGGCUGUCUACCUCCUCGCCAAGACGCCACAUGCCCUUGCCAAGCUCAGAGAGGAGAACGAUGCGAUAAUAAGAGACAAGAAUGGGGAGUUCAUCACCCCUGACGACAUCCCAAAGAUGAAAUACACUGCUAAGGUAGUUGAAGAAACACUUCGAGUAGCCAACGUCGCGGCAAUGGUUCAUCGUGUAGCACUCAAAGAUGUCGAGUACGGAGGUUAUACCAUACCUCAAGGGUGGAGGGUUGUGGUCUGGCUGCGGUCACUGCAUACGGACCCCAAUUACUACGACGAUCCGUUAAGAUUCAACCCCGACAGAUGGGAAAAACCGGCAAAGCCAGGUACAUACCAGGUGUUCGGAGGGGGAUACAGGAUGUGCGCGGGGAACAUGCUCGCAAGGCUGCAGCUCAUAAUCAUGCUGCAUCAUCUAUCCGUUGGCUACAAAUGGGAGUUGCUUAAUCCUGGUGCGGAAAUCGUAUACAUUCCACACUCAUAUCCUUCCGAUGGAGCUCUCAUUGCCAUCAGUGAGCUAUGAGUAGCAGCAGAAGGCGGUUCCAUUGCUUCAAAUUCAAAGCAUCGAUUCAGAAGUUUUGAGCUAUGCAUGUGCCGACUGCCGUGCUUGAAUUGAGAAAAGCAACGGUCCACGGCACAUAAAAGAAUCUCAUGCCACUCUGCACAUCAGAAGCCCCACCAUUGUCCCCGGAUUCUGCCUUGUCCGGAAUGUAUGAUCAGCUCGGAAAUUCAGACGCCUUAAAAGAAAAGCUGAGAAAUUCAGACUACUUCGUGUAUCGGAGCACCUUUUUCUACUAUUUUUUUUGUAAUAUCUGAAUCACCACGAUGCAGUAUGAUUCUGCUCUGUAUGCACCAGCACACCUGUGAAUGCAAGUAGCUCUGUUAGCAGCGACGGGAUUCCUCUGACGUUAAGGACACCGUGACAUGGGCACGGUUACUAAAAUAUUUUUUCUGUAAUAAGCGGUUAUUAAAAUGUCAGAGGAACUGGUUCCCUGAUA